AUGUCCCGAGACUACUCGAUCGACACGAUGGCCGUCACGUGCCCCGUGGCCGGCGCCGCUGUCUUGAACUUUGACCACGCGCGCUGCCCAAUGUCGUACAGCUUGUGCACGAUUGACGAUGCGUCCGGCAAGGCCACCGAGGUCAAGGGCAGCACCGUGGCUGGCAUCGACGCCAUUGGCAACAUCUCGACCGCGGGCAUCGAUGGCCUGUCGGUCACCGACUCGACGCUGCACGCCAUGGAGUGCGCGAUGUACCCGAAUCAAAUGCUCACGAGCUUGCAGUUUACCCGCGUCAACUUUACGGCGUCCCAGAACGAGUGGGCCUGGCCGCGCAUGCUGCAGACGCUGCAGUUGACGUCGACCAACUUGGUGCAGCUGCCAGGCAAUCUGCCAUCCACCAUCACGACCCUAGCGGUCGUCGACUCACCAUUGACGUCACUGCCAUCCCAUUUGCUACCAAGCCUCAAUGACGUGGGACUACGCAACACGCAGCUGCAGAGUCUUCAGGACCAGCCGUGGUCGGCCGUCACCCGCUUGUCUCUGGAAGGCAACAUGCAGCUCAGCUCGUGGUCGAACGUCACUCUCUCGUCCAACCUGCUUUUUCUGUCGCUCAAAAAUCUCCAGCUGCGAUCGUUCAACAUUGAUGAAGCCACGUUUGCAGUCCUCAACGGCCUCACGAGCAAUGGUCGCCUACUAGUGCUCGAGAAAACAGUCAUUACACUCGACUCGGGCGCGUGCCAAGCCAGCGGCGGCGUCGUUUCUCCGCUCUGGACGUCUCGGGGCUCGUACUCGGCCUGCGUCCGCCGCCCAGCGAUCCCAGAGACGCCUGCUACCGACGACCUUUCAACAUCGGUGGUUGUCAGGCUUGUCAUCGGUGGCAUCCUGCUGUGUGUUGCCAGCGUCGUUGCGGUUGUGUGGAUCGUGCGUCGCCGGCGUCGUCCACCGGCGCCACCGACGGUGACAGGAUCGAGCCUUGCCGCCGAUAUGGCGCGUCCUCUCCAGUCCGAUCGUGCACCGACGACAAAGCCCACGAUGGCCGAGACCGAUGGCUACCGAACGCUCGCGCUUCUCAACCGUCUGCGUCUGGACGCUUCAAGUCUUGUGCGCGGCCGGCUCCUUGGCGCCGGUGCCCACGCCCACGUCUACCAUGGCAUGUACAACGCAACGCCCGUCGCCAUCAAGACACUUAUGACCAACCGCAAGCACGAGAUCGACCGCGUCAUCGCCGAGAUUGAGCUUCUGGCCACGCUCGAUUCGCCCUACAUUGUGGGUCUCGUGGGAGCCGCGUGGGCCGGCCGGCUCGCGAACCUCGAAAUCGUGCUCGAGUACAUGGACGGCGGCGACUUGUUUACGUACUUGCGCAGUCAUGACGCGACGACAUAUUCGUGGAAUGCCAAGCGGACGACGCUGCUUUGCGUGGUGCGAGGGCUUCUGUACCUGCACGAGCGCAGCGUCAUUCACCGCGACGUCAAGGCGCGCAAUGUGCUCUUGGACAACGAGAAGGGCACCAAGCUCACCGACUUUGGCGUCUCCCGGGUUGACACGUUGGCCACCAUGACGAUUGGCGUCUCCCGGGUUGACACGUUGGCCACCAUGACGAUUGGCGUCGGCACGUACCGGUGGAUGGCGCCGGAAGUGCUCCAAGACAACCGGUACUCGGUCGCUGCCGAUGUCUAUUCGUUUGGUAUUUUGCUCUCGGAAGUCGACACGCAUGCCAUUCCGUACAUGGAUAUGAUCCAACCCGAGACGGGGAAUCCGUUGAUGGACACGGCCAUUUUGGCACAAGUCGUGCAGGGCCGACUUCGACCGACACUGUCGCCAACGUGCCCAACUGAUAUCGCCGCGCUCGCUUAUCGCUGCUUGGCGUUCGACCCGAUGGAGCGACCGACGGCGGCGGACGUGCUUGCGGCGCUGCAUGCUGCGACGCUACCUUCUUCAGAUUAAACCGCGCAAGGUCGGCAUGCUUUUGUGU